GCAGGCCUGAUUGCGCCUGGCCUACGCUAUUAGCUCAAUCCAGAGGAAGUGGACAACUACCCUUCACUCUGCAUCUCGGCAAACAACUCCAAUUCCGACAAUGCUUACUCUAAUUCUAAUAAUGCCUUUAGUGCAACAGAUUAUCGAUCUGGAGAUAUUUCCACUGUGUUAUGAAGUUUGGGUGUCCGCAAGACUAUCUGAGCUCAACCUGCGGCUGUUCCUGUUCUCUUUCGUGCCUACCAACAUUUUUUCAAAAUGUGCCGUGAACAUUUUUUUACCAAAUCAGGCAGCAGCGUAGGUAGGCAUACGCUGUUGCAGGUCAGUUUUACUCUAUAAAAUUAGUAGUGUAGUAAUUUUAUUUUUAUCCUAAUGCCACUUUCUGUUUACUGGGAUACUUGCCAUUGAAAUGGCUUAGCUAAAGAAAUGUGGAUGAAAUGGCUUUUGUUUUCAUGCAUAUCCAUGAGCGUGAAAUCUUAAAAGCUGUAUGUAUUAUGAAGCUGUAGCCUGUAGGCUAGAGCACACACAUAACAGAUCAUGAGAAGCAACAACUAGAAGUCCAUGACCACAUUAGUUAUUCCCGGUUAGUGAAGGCCAAAUACAACAAAAGUGCCAUGCUUUC